UCUAAACUAAAUAUAUUUCUACAUUUUAAAUAAAAACCAAACAGCGCUGAAGCCUUUUACGUGACGUCAUAUCUGUGCGACGCAUCAACUCGACAGUGAAGUGGAGGCUUUGAAGUUAAAAACCCGACGUUUGUUUGUCGAAGAAAUGUCUUGUUUUGACGGCGAUCCCAACUUCUGCCCGGAGUGUGGGAAUGUUCUCCCUCUCCCGGGAAUGCAAGACACGGUCUGCUGUCCCCGCUGUUCUUUCUCCAGUCCUGUAUCAGCAUUUUCAGGUCGAGAAAUUCACUCUACGGUGGUCUUCAAUCAAGCGGACAGGUCUUCUGUGCUUCUGGAGAGCAGUGAGGACUCUGAAAUGAAGGGGCCUGUGAUCGACAGACGAUGCUCUCGCUGCAACAAAGAAGGCAUGAUUUACCACACCAGGCAGAUGAGGUCUGCAGAUGAAGGCCAGACCGUCUUCUUCACGUGUACACACUGCAGGUACCAAGAGAAGGAGGACUCCUGAGAAGAUUGCAGUGCUCUCCAAUGAUGCAAGAUGGGCCAGUCACAUCAUUUCACUUUUUUUUUCUUCAUCUUUUUCAAAUUAAAAUAUUCCAAAACCAA